AUGAAGAAUCAAGAAACACAAAGGCAUGGACGAGUGGUGGUGUUAGUCCCGGCUCCAUUUCAAGGGCACAUGACUCCGAUGCUUCAAUUGGGUACCAUACUUCACUCUAGGGGUUUCUCCAUCGUUGUCGCCCACACAGAAUUCAAUUCUCCUAAUCCUUUAAACCAUCCUGAAUUCAUCUUCCUACCCAUCUCGGACAACUUAACUGCACAUGAGACCUCAUUCAAGAACCCAUUGGAUUCAUUACUAGCCAUUAACAAUAACUGCAAAGCACCACUCCAAGAAAACUUGGCCCAAAUGGUGGAAAAAAAGGCGCCAAACGAACAGGUCAGUUGCAUCAUCUACGAUUCACUCAUGUACUUUUCCGAAGCUGUGGCUAGUCAUCUGAACCUUCCAAGUAUACUCUUCCGCGCCAGCUGUGCUCUCAACUUGCUAGCUUACCAUGAUAUUCUUCGGCUCCACGCAGAAGGUCAACUUCCCUUUCAAGAUUCUAAGGCACAGGACCUGGUGCCAGGACUUUAUCCUCUCAGGUUUAAGGAUUUACCCUUGCCUGGUUUUGGAACCUCUGAAGAUUCAGUAAAACUGAUUCAACUUCUCAGCAAUUUUACAACUUCUUCAGCCCUAAUUUGCAACACAGUGGACAACCUUGAGCAUUCAGCGGUGUCAAAGCUCCAACAACAUUAUCAAGUUCCAUUCUUUUCAAUAGGCCCUCUGCACAAAUUGGCUUCAGCCUCAUCCACUAGCUUUUUGAAAGAGGACACCAAUUGCAUUGAAUGGCUUGACAAGCAAGCUCCUCGAUCAGUUAUCUAUGUAAGCUUCGGUAGCUUAACAAUCAUGAACAAGACAGAUCUAACCGAAAUGGCUUGGGGUCUAGCCAACAGUGGCCAACCUUUCUUGUGGGUGAUUCGACCUGGCUCAGUUCAUGGCUCGGAACUUACUGAGCUCCUGCCGGAAGGUUUUGAAGAAAAAGUUGGAGAAAGAGGUUGCACAGUUAAAUGGGCACCCCAAAAGGAGGUGUUGGCACAUGGUGCAGUGGGAGGGUUUUGGAGCCACUGUGGUUGGAAUUCAACCUUGGAAAGUAUUUCCGAGGGGGUUCCAAUGAUAUGUAAGCCUUAUUUUGUAGACCAAAAAGUGAAUGCAAGGUACCUGAGUUACAUAUGGAAUGUAGGCCUAGAAUUGGAGAAUGAUUCGGAGAGGGGGGAUAUCGAAAGAGCUAUAAGAAGACUUAUGGUGGAUAAAGAAGGUGAUGAAAUGAGGCAAAGAGCAAUUGAUAUGAAGGACAAGAUUGAAGCUUGUGUGCAGAAAGGAAGUUCUUCAUAUAGUUCCUUGAAUAACUUACAAGAGUUCAUCCUAUCAUUCUGA